AUGUCGACGAGAAUCGCCAAGCGCAAGCGUGCGAGGAAGGCAUGCAUCCCUUGUCACCAGCGUAAGCGGAAAUGCGACGCUGGGUAUCCCUGUGGCACGUGCACCACCUAUGAAUAUAACUGCAGGUACGCCGACGACAACACCACCAGCAAUGCGGAUGGUAGCAUACACGCUCCGCUCCAAGCCGAGCGUGUCAGCGCCAACGGCGGAAGUAGUAUGGUGAACCGGACCGCUGCCACAUCGCGUAGUCCGGAUAGCUGGUCUUAUGUAGCACGAGAUCCCCGCGGAGCCGACAGCUCAUCAAAGAGUCCUACCGUCAUAGCCGGCACGUCCGCGGCCACGGCCACGGCCACCGGCAUCUUCGACGAGCAUAAAUCCAGAUACACCGGGGCAUCGGCGGCCAUGGCAUUUCCGCACAUCUUGAGUGCAGCCCUCGGCUCUGGCAGCCCUCCCAAGAUGCACUCAUUUGCCUACAACUUUGGCAUCCGCCCUGAAGAGGCUCCCAACGCUCAUGGCUUGCUGGGGAAGCUCAUCUCGGAGGACGACCUCAGCUUCUUCUCGGGUGUGUACUUCUCGGUAAUGGCCCCUAUUACUGACUAUAUGGACCCGAGAAUCUACGCUCAGCGAUGUCGAGAUUAUUACCAUGGCACCGGUAGCACCGCGGUUGCCUUUGGCGCCGUGGCCGCUGGCGUCGCUGCUCUCGGGUCUUUCCUAUCUCCCAACAGACACCCGCGGGAGCCUGACCUAGUGCAGUACGCCAAAGCUAUUCUCGAUGAUCCAGUCUCAAUGCGUAUGCUAGGUAUUGACCACAUCAUCGCGUGGGCUAUGCGAGUGUUGUACUUACGGGCCACAACCCGCCCCAAUACUGCCUGGGUCGCGUCGUGCACCGCCAUGCAUCUCUGCGAAGCGGUCGGGCUGCACGAGGAAGAGAACAUCAAGAAGAUGGCGUCUGUCGCCGGUGCCGCUAUUGUUGGACAUGAUGCGGACAGGCUGAGGCGAAUUUUCUGGAUCUCAUGGGCCGGGCAUAACAUGCUGUGCUAUGAGUACGAUCGUUCGUCUGUACGGUUUGGGGCAGUGACUUGCCAGGCUAUCAUCCCAACAGCAGGGUCAGUUGCCGACCAGUUCGUGCAAAUAGCCCAGAUUAUCCCGGCUCCCAACUCCCCGUUCCACCUCGAAUGUCGCCCUCUAACUCCGAGGGAGGAGCUAUUUGAGCGUCUGAAAGCAUUAGAUAAACUGGAGUUCACUCAUCCGUUUUUGGUAGUGACUAAGGCGGACAUCGCGUUUUGCUUCUAUCGACGCAUUUACCAGCUCAAGAUGGGUAUAUCAGACGAGAUCAUUCAGCUCGUCAUUGAUAGCGGCAACGCCGCAGUGGAGGCGGCGCAGCAGCUAGCGAACCAGGGUCAUUUAUUCUGGAAUGUCAUCGGCAGCGUCUUCCAGUAUGCCUGCGUUCUGUUAGCCAUCGACACCCCGGCAGCCUCCGUCCACAUCGCUGCUGCCUUCAAGGGCCUAGAGAAUCUGGUCAAGACUGCCGACACAGGACUGACACGUAAGGCAUUGUCAAUGGCACAGCACCUACUCAGCCUCAAUAUGGCAAAGAAGCGAAAGGAGCUUGCCCAGCUGGAAGCUGUCGAGACGAACCAUCAAUCAUUUCAGGCGCAGCCGGAAUUUGAGGCCAACACCUCUUUCCUAGACAUGGGCUGGGAAGAGGACUGGGACCAAUUCCUCGUUGAACCAUAUCUAUCGAUGCUAGGUCCUGACAUACAGUUGUAG